AUGACCACGAUACCGACCCCGCCUGCCUCAUCCGCCGCAGCGUCGCAACACGCAUCACCUCUUCCCCAGCCGCGACGAUACCCCCUACAGCCAGGCGGUCCGAAAGAGAGCGAGCUGAUCCGAUACUUGGACCAUGGUGUGAACCAAAUGCAGAAGCGCGUCGACAAUCGCGUCACGAACCGCAAGACCAAGUCUUCACCAGGCGAAGAUGACGGGUUUCGUGCUUUCUGGGAGGUCGCAAAUCAUAUUGAUGGGCUGGUGGACGUGAUAUGGGUGUCUGGAUCGCCAAACCUUCAAACGCCUUACCUUCUCAAUCUCGCAAUGUUAACCGCCGACUUCCUUCCCCUCUUUCCCACGUCGACCCGGUCCACCCAGGCCACCUUUGCUUUACUGUCGAAACUCGAUUACGCUUUCGGCUCCAUGCUUACCGGCCAUGAUACCGCGACCGGCGAAUCGCUGCCGGGCUUUGAGAGCGGACGCAAGAUCUCCACGACAGACAAAGUUCGCUUGAAGGGCAUUGUCGACCGCACAAGACUGACCGUGGUCCGGGUUAUGAGUGGAGAGAGCGUUGUCGGAGACGAGGAGGAUGUUGGGGAACCCAUGGAUACCGAUACAGAGACAGAUGGGGAAAGGUUACAUUCUGCCAACAGAGGGACGGUCAAAUUCGAGGGCUUCGACGAGGAUAACGAAGAUGAGGACUGGGAGGAGCGAAACAUUGUUGGCAUCUAUGAGAAGACGAUUGGAGAGUUAGGCGAUGUGUUGGGUGGUCCACCAAUUGGCAUCAUCACUGAUGACUGGAGUGCGCAAGGUAUGGGGAACACGAAGUAUGGCCAGGGCUUUGUAGAGCCGGAAGUAGACAUGGAUCUAUGA